UCCGGUUCGGCUGCUGCCGCCCCUCGGCUCCUUUCCUUACCCCUCCCCUCUGCUUUCUCUCCUCCCUCCCGCUCUUGGGAAAGAGAGAAGCCACCGCUGUGGGUGGGUAGAGAAGCACUCGGCGCCUCCAGGAGGGGACCGCGCCCGCUCCAUUUGAGCCCCGGAGCACGGCUGGAUCAGGAGGACAGUUGUGAGGCCAAUGCACUUUUGACUCAAUGGGGAUGAAUGGGUUACAAAAUGUCCUCCUAUGCUUGAGACCUACAGACUACGUGUCCUACAGGAACUAAUCAGUGGUUUUCCAUCUCCUGGAGAUAUAUUAGAAACAUAAAUAUGGUGCCAAAAGAACUCCUUACCUUACCCUGACUACGAUUUAUUUGGACAUACUUUUGUAUCGGAGAGAAGUGUACACACUGAGACUGCUUGCUAUACAUAGACUCUGUCGUGUAGGAUCAUGGACCAUCCUAGUAGGGAAAAGGAUGAAAGACAACGAACAACUAAACCCAUGGCACAAAGGAGUGCACAUUGCUCCCGACCUUCUGGCUCUUCAACAUCUUCUGGGGUUCUUAUGGUGGGACCCAACUUCAGGGUUGGCAAGAAGAUAGGGUGUGGGAACUUCGGAGAGCUCAGAUUAGGUAAAAAUCUCUACACCAAUGAAUAUGUAGCAAUCAAACUGGAACCAAUAAAAUCACGCGCUCCGCAGCUUCAUUUAGAGUACAGGUUUUAUAAACAGCUUGGCAGUGCGGGUGAAGGUCUCCCACAGGUAUAUUACUUUGGACCAUGUGGGAAAUACAAUGCCAUGGUGCUGGAGCUCCUUGGCCCCAGCUUGGAGGACUUGUUUGACCUUUGUGACCGAACAUUUACUUUGAAGACAGUGUUAAUGAUAGCCAUCCAGUUGCUUUCUCGAAUGGAAUAUGUGCACUCAAAGAACCUCAUUUACCGAGAUGUCAAGCCAGAGAACUUCCUGAUUGGCCGACAAGGCAAUAAAAAAGAGCAUGUUAUACACAUUAUAGACUUUGGACUGGCCAAGGAAUACAUCGACCCUGAAACCAAAAAACACAUACCUUAUAGGGAGCACAAAAGUUUAACUGGAACUGCAAGAUACAUGUCUAUCAACACGCAUCUUGGCAAAGAGCAAAGCCGGAGAGAUGAUUUGGAAGCCCUAGGCCAUAUGUUCAUGUAUUUCCUUCGAGGCAGCCUACCCUGGCAAGGACUCAAGGCUGAUACAUUAAAAGAGAGAUAUCAAAAAAUUGGUGACACCAAAAGGAAUACUCCCAUUGAAGCUCUCUGUGAGAACUUUCCAGAGGAAAUGGCAACCUAUCUUCGAUAUGUCAGAAGAUUAGACUUCUUUGAAAAACCUGACUAUGAGUAUUUACGGACCCUCUUCACAGACCUCUUUGAAAAGAAAGGGUACACCUUUGACUAUGCCUAUGAUUGGGUCGGAAGGCCUAUUCCUACUCCAGUAGGGUCAGUUCAUGUAGAUUCUGGUGCAUCUGCAAUAACUCGAGAAAGCCACACACAUAGGGAUCGGCCAUCACAACAGCAGCCUCUUCGAAAUCAGACUGCAUCGUCAGAGCGCCGAGGAGAGUGGGAAAUCCAGCCCAGCCGGCAGACCAAUACCUCAUACCUGACGUCUCACUUGGCUGCAGAUCGCCAUGGGGGAUCAGUGCAGGUGGUUAGCUCAACCAAUGGAGAGCUGAAUGUCGAUGACCCCACGGGAGCCCACUCCAAUGCACCAAUCACAGCUCAUGCCGAGGUGGAGGUAGUGGAGGAAGCUAAGUGCUGCUGUUUCUUUAAGAGGAAAAGGAAGAAGACUGCUCAGCGCCACAAGUGACCAGUGCCUCCCAGGAGUCCUCAGGCUCUGGGGACUCUGACUCAAUUGCACCUGCAGCUCCUGCCAUUUCUCAUUGGAAGGGACUCCUCUUUGGGGGAGGGUGGAGAUCUAAACCAAAAAGAAGAAAACAGAUGCCCCCAGAAGGAACCAGUGUGGCAGCCAGGGCCCAGUGGGUCAAUGGCCAUCCCUGCCUGCCUAAGGCUCUGAGCAGGUCCCAGAGCUGCUGUUCCUCCACUGCUUGCCCUUGGGGCCGCCUGGUUGACUCUCCUUCCCAUUGUUUACAGUGAAAGUGUCAUUCACAAAAACUCAAGGACUACUAUUCUCUUCCCUCCUCUUAGUUUACUCCUGGUUUUUCUCCACCCACAGCCCUCUCCAGCAUAAAAGCUAGUGAGCUAAAGGCUUUGUCUGUGGAAGGAGCUCAAGAGGCUGGGGAUGAUGCCAAGAAGGUAGGAGGAAGGUGGCAGACCUGGGCUGGAGAAGAACUUUCUCCACCUCCCAGGUGUGUCUGGGAAUAUGGUUUCCUCUUCCUCUGUGCCUAUGCAGCAUCCAUCCCAGCUGGCCAUGGGGUUCAGGUUCCUCCCUCCCUCCCUCCUGUGAAGUUACACUGUAGGACACAAGCUGUGAGAAAUCUGCAGUCUACUGUCCCUGUUUGUUGGCGUUCUUAGCUUUCUUGACAAGUGAACUCUUUUUUCCAGGUGGUAGUAGGACAAUGCACAUUGUUCUGAGCAAAGGAAAGAAAACUGACUUUAUUGCACUUUUAGUUUUUUUUUUUUUAAACAAAAAACAUGGCAGAUGCAUAUUGUGUCUGAUUAUAUUAGGGGUUUUACUUUUUUCUGUUUUGAGGGGUAUGGGGCCAGCUAAGCCAUUCAGAGAAAACGUGGGUCCAGAGGACAUUCUCAUUGGAGAAAGUUUGACUUGCAGAAGAGAAGAAGCCAAACUCUGUGUCAUUCUGAGUGAACACUCAGGUUGGCAAGAAAACAUACUUGAAUUUUCAUUCAUCUUCUCAGCUGCUGAAGAAUGUUCCUACCAGAGCAUCUUGACCUAAUAAACCUACAGUUUGAAAUCCUAGCUCUCCAGCACAUGGGAUGAGCCAGCCGAGCCAGACUGUGACCAGGAGACAGCUCAUCCCAGAGAAGGAGAUGCUUAACAAAAACAUUCAAAAUUAUUUUCUCCACUGCCAGGGACUUCCAACUAGACAGCCAUUUGACUUCCUGGUGACUUGGGGGAUAAAAUUAGUGAUGAAACAGCCACCACCAUGAUUGCCACUAGGACAAAAAGAGGAGGACAGUGAACCUGCCUUUCAACUGCCAGAGGAGCCUCAGGGUGUGGCAUCAUAGGGCCAGGAAAAGAAAAUGAGUGUGUCCUGUCUGCCCCAAUAGAUGAAUUGUAGCAUUUGGGCUGGUCUGCCUCAUCAUAAACCAAGCUUAUGAAGAUCUCCCAGCAGGUCCAUAGCAGCAGGCUUAGGACUCAGGUCAUGGGCUGCAGUGAACAGGAGAGUAAGAUUGGUUGGUGCUGGAAAUUUUCAGGGAAAAGGAGGCUGAAAUGAAAGGUCUGAAAUUAUUUUCUCAAUUGGACAUACUCUUUCCAAAUAAGAUGGCCAUGCAUCUAAGCAUGUCCUCCCUCAUAUGCCCUCCUCCUGCCAUGGUGGAUUCAUAUAAGGUACUACCAUGAAGGGUCUUAGCUCUUCAGUCACUGUUUAAAAAGCCAAUAGUAUGUGGAGUUACAUCUGAUGCUCAGUUUUCAUUUGAGUUUAGUGGCUUAUCCCAACAGUGACUCCUCAUUCUAAAUAUGACAGAAGAGAAAGGAUUAUUUAUAUCAGGGAAAGGACUGUUGACAUAUCUGGGAGUAGAGAGCUAACCGUGGAGGAUCAUGGCUGGUCACUUAGUCUGGUGGUUUGUGAAGCACAGAAAUCUUCACUUCUGGCUUGAGGUAUAAGGCUCUCUUUUGCACUGGAGGAUGUGGGGAUAUUUUCUGGUAGUGGCCAUUUCCUGACGUGUCCCUUGAUACACCUUACUCAGAGCAGAAGUAGCAUGGAUUAGAGUUACUGGGCUUCACCUAUCCCAUUGGACCUUGGCUAGGGAAUAUCACUUCACUGGAUUCAAACCUGUUUAGCUUAUGUAAAGAUUGUAAUCUGUCAUUUAUUUAAAAGAAAUGUUUUUGUACAAUAUGAAAAUUUGAAUAGCAGGGAGAUGAAUUGUCACACCCCAUCCCUAUAAGGUCUUUGAAUAUUGGGGGUUUGUGUCCUUGCCAUUACUUGGUGGUUGAAGCCCCAUCACUGAAAUUUUCAUAGUUCCUUAAUUGGCAUUUGGCCAACUCUAACUUCCUGUACAGAAACUUUAAAUUCCUCAUCCCUAUAUAGAAAAUGCCUUGCCUUUCAAGAGGGCAGGGGGAAAUGGUGGCAAAGCCUGGAGCAUCCUGGGACUCUAUACCCUACUAAGUGCCUCCCCCAUCCCCCCACCUUGCUUCCACAAAAAAGCAAAGAUAGUGACCACCUUGCAUCUGUAUUUGUGACUUUUUUUUGUCUUAAAAAUUUUAAAAGGCUAGCUCUUGAGGGGUUGAACCUGAGCAGUUGUGGGGGAGGGUUGUUCUAAUGUACUGCUCUCACUCUCCAGCCCCCACAAAUCUCUCAGUAGAUAUUUGGUUUUCGUAACAAAGAUGAAGAGCCCCAAGUCCCUUUAGCAUGCAGGGCAAUGGUGAGCCUUCCAGGGCCAUUGACACUCCAAGGUGGUUCUGGACUCGGGGAAUAUUCUAUUGUGAUCUUCCUUAAAAUUAAAAAAACACAAAACGAAAAAAUUGAGUACCCCAGAAGUGAUUUGGUCAUCAGUUUCAGUCCCAUCAGUCUAUCAGGGCUCCCUCCUCUGCCCUAUUGCUAUAGUUGCUUAGCUGUAUGCCUCAGCUAGAUCCUUGGGGUUAGGCACUCCCUCCAUCCCCUACCCCGCUGCCCCAGUCCACUUGCUCUGUAGUUUUUGAGCUUUCUCCAUUUCAUAGCUAUGAUGUCUGAGAAUCUUUUUCUUUGGGAUUGAUGCAGGUAUUUCUUCUUAAGGCUAACUCAGCAUCUGUUCAUAAAAAACCCUUUAUUAUACCAUUAGGAGUUCUCCCAAGCCCUCCAGUCCCUCAGGCAUUGCAUUCUGAGCAGAUUGAAGCAAGCAGGCCAAGAUUCCACUAAGGCACAAAGGGUCCCCCCACCCAUAACCAGAACAUGACUUGUAUCUGUGCAGUCUAAGCAUAUAAAGGUUGAUCAAGUUGCUCUACAGGCCUUGGCACUUCCCAGAGAUCUUACUCCAGACUACUCCGCAAGGGUGCCCAGAGCAUCCCAGCAGCCAACAUGCAUUCAUGACUGCCUUAAUUAACAUUCUUCUUCUAUUUUGGGUCUCUCUAGGAGUAAACAGGGUCUAGGAAGGUACCAGUUGAGUGACUGGGUUAGCCUCCAGUUAAAGUCCAUUUUAUUUUGGAAUGUAUGAGCUAUUGGUGACAGCAGGGAUCCUGAGGUUUCUAGUAGAAGUGUUGAUCACCUGUUUAUUCUCACAGAACUCCAAGUACGUAGGAACAGCCCCUUCCCAUUAGCCAGAAGAGGUGUCCCUCACCUCUAAAGUAACUUCCAACUUAGUUCACUGGAGGUCUACACUGGUAGUGCAUAUUCACUGUUGAUUUUCGGUGUUAGUAACCACUUGUAAUGCCAGAAAUAUGUAAUAAUGGUAAUAUUAUGUCAAAGUGGUUACUAAAGGUCAUAGCUUUAACUGUUUUUCUUUAAUGUAAAAGAUAAAAUCCAUUCCUUCUCCCAAUGAGCAAGCAUGGCCUGCAUUUCUCAAAAAUAAGAACUUCCGUGGCAGGCUAGAAAGCAUCUCCUCAAAGGAACUUGAUCUUUCUUAUGAUGCAUCUCUUCCCAAGCCCACAUGCCUCCCGUGUUGCAGCCACCUGUUCCAUUUUCAUAUUUAAACCAGUUUUCCAUUCCCACUGAAUUGCCAUGACAAUAUUGUCUCCAGUAGCAAAACCACAUUAGGGCUAGAGUUUCUCAGAUUGGGAGCUUCUGGCACCAUACCGCCAACAUUACCUUUGCCAGGCCACUGCCACCACCCCCACUGUUGCCCCAUGGAGAGCAGAUGAAUUCUAGAAACCCUCAGGAAGCCAGGAUAACUAGGCACCCCAUUCUGGAUUGGCCACGUAGGUGACAGGCACCUAGCUCUGAGGUUCUCGCUUUUGCAGAGUCCCGGGAAGUCCCAUCUAGAGGUUGAUGGUCAGUGACUCCCAGUCUUCCCCAUGAUAGGCUGAUAGAGAUCAAAGUGGGAUUCCUUUGGGUUUGAGUUUGUGGGGGGUGAUUUUGUUUCUGAAUAAAAACAAGAGGCAGCCAUGGCCCUUCUGUGGGUUUGUAAAGUGUUGAGCAGUGUUUGGGCCACAAAUAAGGAAUCUUGGAAGUCUUUGAUCUAGUAAGCAGUCUUAAAAAUAUGUUUUUCUUAACUCCUUUUGCAGGUGACUAGGUGCAAAAGAAUAGAUUUCUCAUUGUAUUCAAAAUAGUAAGUAGGUUCCCUGGAUAUAGACAAUGGUAGUUGACGUUUUCUCAGAAAACAACCAGGAAACCACUCCAGUAUUUGUAAAUCAGCUUACAAAGGAAAAAGUGAACAUGUACUCCAUAUGUUUCUAGUUUGAUUAUCAAACUUGAUGUUAUAAAGAAACCUCAGAUCUGUGGACAGAAUUUCUUUUGUUAUUUUUCUUCUUUUACUACUCACAAUCACUUUUCCAGUGCCAUCACCACCUUUAAGCUUUCAGAGCAGAGGAUUAUUCAUGGUAAUAAAUGACGGUGCAGUGUACAAGAGGACAGCUGUCCUGACUGCCCCCCACACAUGCCACAACCCCUCUUUAAGGGAAAGUGAGUCAUUUUCAGUGUUCCUCUUCAUGAGCUCCAGACCAAAUCCCAGGCCAGCCCUUGCACCGAAACCCUUUUUAGAAGGCUUAUCAAUCUGCUAGGAAUGUCUCAGGAAAGAUGAGCCAUUUCUUUGGGGAGAAAUGUAUUUACAGAUAGGGGUGUGUGAUUGCAUGUGUGUGCCUGUGUAUGUGCUCAUCUAUAUGCAUUUCACUUUAUCAUAAAGACUCACAGUCCAGGCUGCUGGGAACCAUGUGUUCCUGAGUAUUCUCAGAGGUAAACAAGUGACAAGUGAACUUCUCAAAUUAGUGUCUCAGCAAGCUGGCUCUGGGAAUGAGCCCCAUUUAUCAAGCAGAGAGAAAGAGUAACAUCAGAAAAGAUAAAAGAUGAAACCAAAAAUACUAUAGUCCCCCCCAUGGAAAAUAAUGUUGAUUCAGCAAUUCCUAUUGGAUAUUAUUACAUGCUCUAAUUUAUUAUUUUAUUAUUUGUCUGUUUCUUUAAUCUUUGCCCAUUAUACUCUUAAAAAGAUGUUGGGAUGUUGAUUGCAAUUUUUUAAAAACUAGAUAAUGUAUAAAUCAGCUAUGGAAAUCAGUUUUAAUUGAUGUGUGGAUGUGUCUGAUUAUUGUUAAAUGCCUCUUUUUUUUUACUUUUUUUUUUGUUUUGUUUUUUAGAUAUGUAAUGUUUCAUAAACCCUGGCACUGGUCGCAAAGCUCAGCUGUGAAAAUUAAACUUGUAGUAUUUUUAAACAUGAAUGUCAAUUUCAAGUGUAUUUAAAAUGGUUUCCUCGGGAGGAGAUAUUUGUAUACCAUUAGGGAAAACUUCUCUGCAGAGGAAGUAGCCUUCUUUAGAGAAAUUAGAAAAUGGGUUCUGAUAUGUUAUCUCAAAGUAGCCCAUUUCCUAGGGCACCAUGGAAAACACAAAUGUGAUCUUUAAGUAUACCUCUUCUCCAAUUUGGGGAGGAAAGGACUCAGUUUGCACCCUUUUUUGUAUGUAAAAUAAAAUCUUAACUUUCUUGGCUA